GUAAAAUGCCUCCUAUAGUAGUAUGCUGAGUAGAUUCCUAAGACGCGCGAAGAGCUCAAAACAGUGCCAGACACCUCGUCAGUGUCCACUGCGACCUGGUGCUGAGGACAGUGUCUCCCUCGGGAGGAGCCCUCCGUCCGGUUCCCCGCGGUGGGGGUGGGGUGGGGGCUCCGGCAGCGCUGUAUUUACAGCUGCUUCCCCCUCCCGUCGUCAGUCGCACUCCGUGCCUCUGGGGACUCUGCCCUGACCUCUGUCCUCGUGAAAGCGGAGGGGACGGACGCUAAUCAGGGCCUGUGGCGGCCGCUGGACAUCUUUUCGUUCAGUGCGCACGGCAGCCCGGAGUGGCUGUGCUGUCAUCCCCAUUUUCCAGAUAGGAAAACUGAGGCUUAAAUCCAGUGCCAGCACCAUAUAUUCUGGCGCUCGCGUAUUUUGGCGGUGCCUCCCUGGGUUCCCCUGGGGGCAAGUGAGCUGGAUCCCGUGUCCCGCCCCCACCUGCGGCGCUGGUGAGCGGGGCGAGCUGGCCCUGGCCGAGGGGCGCGAGGGCGAGGGCGCGGGGCGGCGCGCUCAAGCCAGAGUCGGCUGGAGGCGGAACCGCGGGGCCCUGCGCCAGCCACCGCGGGGUCGUGUGGGAUUGCUCCAACUUUUGAAACCAGGGCUGCGGAUUAACCAGGCGGCCUGGAAGCGGCGGGGCGGAGCCCGGCUCUCCCACCUCCCGGCCGGCCGAAGGACAGCGCCUAGAAGGCAGAAGACGCUUCUCUGGGCGCCAUGCAGCGCCCCGUGGCCGUGCGGACGUGGGUGGAGGAGAACCGGGCCUCCUUCCUGCCCCCGGUCUGCAACAAGCUCAUGCACCAGGAGCAGCUCAAAGUCAUGUUCGUCGGGGGCCCCAACACCAGGAAGGACUACCACAUCGAGGAGGGUGAAGAGGUGUUUUACCAGCUGGAGGGGGACAUGGUUCUCCGCGUCCUGGAGCGAGGGAACCACCGGGAUGUGGUCAUUCGGCAGGGAGAGAUAUUCCUCCUGCCUGCCCGGGUGCCCCACUCACCACAGAGGUUUGCCAGCACCGUGGGGCUGGUGAUUGAGCGGAGGCGGCUGCAAACGGAGUUAGAUGGGCUCAGGUACUACAUGGGAGAUACCACGGAUGUCCUGUUUGAGAAGUGGUUCUACUGCACAGACCUCGGCACGCAGUUGGCCCCCAUCAUCCAGGAGUUCUUCAACUCUGAGCAGUGUAGAACAGGAAAGCCCAUCCCUGACCAGCUGCUCAAGGAGCCACCAUUCCCUCUGAGCACACGAUCCAUCAUGGAGCCCAUGUCCUUGGAGGCCUGGCUGGAUGGUCACCGCAGGGAGCUGCAGGCGGGCACUCCCCUCAGCCUGUUUGGGGACACCUAUGAGACCAAGGUGAUUGCCCAUGGACAAGGCAGCAGCAAAGUGUCGAGACAGGAUGUGGACGUGUGGCUGUGGCAGCUGGAGGGCUCCUCGGUGGUGACGAUGGAGGGACGGCGCCUGAGCCUGAACCCUGAUGACAGCCUCCUGGUGCCAGCUGGGACCUCCUAUGCCUGGGAGCGAGCACCAGGCUCUGUGGCCCUGUCUGUGACCCAGGACCCCGCCUGCAAGAAGCCCCUGGGGUGACUGUCUUGCUGUGGGCCUAAAGCAGCCACGGCUGUGCCUGAGCGCCACCCUGAGCACCACACCUGCCGAAUCACUCUCCCCGCCCCCGCUGCCUCUCUGUGCUGCUGCUGAGCCCCCCGGGUCCCACACACCAGGCCCUGGACAUCACUGUCAUCCAUCCUCCCACUGUCACCAGCCAGGAAGCCAGGCUCCUGGGGACCAGCGGCUCCCUUCUGCCUACCAGCCUCAGCCCACUGCCCCGCCGGCCCUGCCAGGUGGUCUGCACCCUGCAGCACAGCUGCUGCUCCGUCCCCCUGUCCCCAAAGGCUCAGUGCAGCUCUUGUCUCCAUGAAAAGGCCCCCAAUAAAGGCUUCCCGCUGAACGAACA